GCCAUGGUCGAUUCUGGUGCCACCACGAAGUUCCUCCACAGACGAUUUGUGGCACGGAACCAGGUCACGACGAGAAAGCUGGCGAAGCCUAUUCCUCUGUACAACAUCGAUGGAUCGGAGAACCGAGACGGCACAAUUACGGAAGUGGCCGUUCUCACUAUGAAGAUCAGCGACCGCGAGGAAGAGGUCGCGUUCGUUGUCACAGACAUCGGAGAAGAAGAUGUGAUCAUCGGGCUGGACUGGCUGCGCGAACACAACCCGGAGAUAGACUGGGCACAUGGUUCGCUACGCCUGUCACAAUGCCCCGACAGCUGUCCAGCGACCCACAAGGCAUCCAAACCAGUGGAGAAUGAAGCGCGUGAUACGGGGGUACGGCCUACGGCGCGCACAAGGUCUCCACGGGUAAGGAAAGCACGAAUGGUGGGGCAUGUUUGCGGUACGGUAAUGGUCAACGAGGCCGAAGACGAACCUCUCCUACCUCCAGCUGAAGAAUAG